AGAAAGAUGUAGGGAUGGAUGUAUGAUUUUUUUUUCCGGCUGAAACAUCUUCUUGUUCCCGGUCGGCCGGCCAGACGCAACUCACGUGACUCAGAGAUGGCUACUAGUAGUGAUGGGGAGGCAGUAAUAAGAACUGGAGCCAAGAGAAAGAGACAGGAACUGCAGGGAGAAGGCAAGCAAGAGGGACACAAGAAGUUCAAAGGAGAAGGGAACCAAGUCUGGACGUGG